CAAUACCAGCACCCUCGCUCUGUGGAACCGGCAGCAAGGACAUUCGUCUCUGAGCCUCGCUGUGCUGGAGUCGUCCCUACGUCCAUGUUUUCAACUUCACCAUGGGUAUAUAAGACGUUUAGAGAGCGCAUCGCGGACGUCAUGGACAAGGUGUAUGAAAUUCCUGGUCAGUAGGCCUGGUCUUCUAAUUUGUACGAUGGCGGAGGGGUGCCACACUUCCGGUUAUUAUCAUCCUCCACGUCCGCCAUUGCACAACAUGCCCGCCAUCUUGAAUGUUCCCGCAAAUGAUGCAGGAUUAUAACAGAGCAGCUGAAAACUGCCGAGACCGAGAACUCCUGGAUGUUAUCCUCCAAAAGCAAGACGAACACCGUAGUGACGCCGGAUCUCGUAUAUCCACCCUUCUCGCAAGAACUAACGGGAACCUCAGUCGGCCAUCGAGUUUCUCCAGACGAUCUCUGAACCUCUCGCACCAAAGUCUCGCAAGCGCGUCACGUGUCACGCUGUGUGAAAAGGAGAGCUGCGUCAUCAAGUUCCUGUUCAGUCUUGGCCUUCUGUGUCUCGCCUCCCUAAUUCUGUGUGCCCUGUCCCUUCAGAUUAUCUUCUCCUUGGGGGGUGCGGAGGUGGACUUUACCCCCGGGACUGGCGCCACCCUCAUCAACUCCAGCUCUGUGUAUGAGAGUGUGCUGGAGGUGACAGUUGCUCUGUCCAUGUUUGUCAUUAUGAUGGACAUCUGCUGUCUCAUGGUGUGCUCAAUGCAAUGUUUCUUCGCAUCCAAGAUUCUCAAAACCCCAGAGGGAGAAGAAAGAGCCCUGAAGUAUCUGAGGGAGUGUUCCAGUAGCAGAUUCAUCGCUGUCAUCGGCUUCUUCCUGUCCAUACCAUCUUUCCUGUUGGCUCUGAUCCUGUUUGCGAUGAUGAAGAUGAAGUCGACCCCGGCGCUAACAUCGAGCGUUAUCCUCGGAGCUGGGAUUCUGUUCUGCAUACUCAGCGUUAUGCAGAACUCCUACCACUGGCGAGCAGAGAAAAGCCGAGCGGACGAGGGACUUCCGGUUUACGAAACCCCUCCACAUUCUCAUAAGACUCAGGGGGAUGUCAACGUACCUCGGAACGAGUUGUCUACCCUUGUUUGACACAACGCCGACGUUAGUGAAUACAUCUGACGGCAUUCGGAACACUUCGGCUUGUAACGUAGAGCUUUUGCAACCGGAAAAACCCGAGGAAAUCCGAGUGUAAAGAGGCUUGAUUCGUUAAAAAUGGCGCUAGAAAGACAUGAAAGGCAAACAUAAUGGCUACGAGUGGCUUGUAUUUAGUUGUGGAAGUGUGGAUUCUAUCACGAUUGGAAAAGCAAGAUAUUGUCAAUUAACAAGAUGUCAUCUUGCUCUGACAUCUGGAGUCUGGAAUCAGUAUUUGACAGAUUUAAAAUAUUGGAAGGUGGUAUUACACACACGAUAUUACUGGGAGCUGUGUAAUAAUGCGGACCAUUAUGACUGAUGGAGAUUUCAAGGUUGUAAAGAAAGUAAACGGAAUUUUACAACCGCCAGAUAUGGAGCCAUCAUGGCCAAGUUGUGUGAGAGGAAGUCUCUGAGUGUCAGAUAGCACUAACGUCUCUGAUCAGAAUCGUAUACGAUGGAGCUUCUGUGAAGGAAUGAGUAGCACAGCGAAUUACAUCAAAUUUGUAAGUUGUUGCCAACAAUUGGCAUGGAGGAGACCAACGUCGGCCGACUUCCACCACAUAGAACACAAUACAUUACUUACAUCACUUUGAUAGUUUCGUAUAGAUAUCAUUGGAUUUAGGUUACUUUGUGGAAGGUCAUCCCAUCGAAUGUCCUCAGUAGAAUUAAGCAGACCAUCUCUUCCUCUUUAUUCCGUUUUUAUCCUCUCUGUGAAUACAGCUUGAAUCAUC